CGGUGCUAAUAUCCCACGCUUUGCGUUGUUUGUAUGUAAUCGAACGUUUUCCCGCCUGUAGUAGUUUUCUGUUAAGCCAUAGAGUUGAUAUUCGCCUUGUGUCCAGGAAAAUGUCUGGGAAGCGCAAGAGCCCCGAGGGCAACUCCUCCGGCUCGGAAGAGUUCGUUGUGGAGAAGAUUCUCGACAAGAGGGUCCGGAACGGGCGCGUGGAGUAUUUCCUCAAGUGGAAAGACUUCUCUGAUUCGGAGAACACAUGGGAGCCGCACUCCAACUUGGACUGCACUGAGCUAAUCCAAGAGUUUGAGGAGAACCGCAAGAAACGGGAGGAAAAGAAGCGUUCCUCGGGAGCCAGGGCCAACGGUGCAGCCCAAGAACCCAAGAAGAAGAAAGCCAAGACGGCCUCCGAGGUACGGCAGCCCUCAGAGCCGAAGACCGAUGAUGUCUUCGAAGUCAGCCAGGGUGAAAAGGACACGAAUGAGGAGACGCAACCACGAGGCUUUGAUCGGGGGCUGGAGCCAGAGCGGAUCAUCGGGGCUACAGACUCCAGUGGUGAGCUGAUGUUCCUGAUAAAAUGGAAGAACAGUGACGAGGCAGACCUUGUUCCAUCCCGGCUGGCAAACGUCAAGUGCCCCCAGGUAGUGAUCCAGUUCUACGAGGAGAGGCUGACCUGGCACACGAGCUCAAGCACAGCCAAGUCUGAAGAUGCCGAGGAAGCGUCGUGAGGGACAAUCGUGGGUGCAGGCCUCUUCCGGUCAUCAACCUGCGCUUCAAGAAUUGGCCUCAACAUGCGCAAACCUCUUCGCGGAGAUGACGGACCCGAGCACGUGCCCCUUGGAACAGCAGCAUUACACGAGCCAGCUCGGCAGAGCUGCUGACGAUUGCAGGCUUGAGCAGCCGCACGCCGCCUCGGCGAUGGCAGGCUUGGUCUGUGUGUGGCGAUGCGUGGUGCAAGACUAUCUGGCCCCUUUGGUGACACCCAGAGAAAAAAAGGAACGGCUGGAAUUUCUGUGCUCUCUAUAUGCAGGACGUCUAUAGAAGUCUAGUGCUGCACGGGCCAGGGGCACAUGCUGUGGUCCAUUGGCUCACAUUGCAGUGGCCGCUGUGGCAUCCCACCCACAAUUGGCUGCCAAAAUGCGGGACACAUUGUUGAUGAUGCCCACUGCAUUUUUCACUUGUCGUGCAGAGAGAUGUGAAUGAUGAGUAGAUGCGAGGUUCUCGUAUAGGAAAAAAAAAAUGGUGGGGUUAAUAUUUUUUUUUUUUUUUUUUGUCGCUCCUUUGUUCUUUAACUUUUUGCCUCCCUCUCCCAUUUUUUCUUUUAAAAGCUGGCAGGCUACCAGCCUGUCCGCAAUUGUGACAAGUCAUACACCAUGUUACUUUUUACACGUCACCCUCUUGCGUUUUCUCAUAGUGCGUUCAUCCAUGUGCUUAUGUUUUAGAAAUGAUUGCGAUGGCUUCUUAAGCCUCUGUUCAGUGAGCACAAGGCUGUGUUCAAUUUUGCACGCCUUUUGUUUUAUGCUAUUGUGUACCCCCCUUUUUGCUGUCCAUGUCACUUUGGUAACUGGUGUUUCUCUCGGAGAUGUGGGCCAGCCGUGCCACAUAAAGUAAGCCUGUCAAUAUUGCCUGUUCUGUGAAUCGAAUUCUGUGCCGCCUGUCCUGUACCUUAGCAGCCUGCAGGGGUUCAUAGACUCGUCAUUUGUACUGCAGUCCUGCACUUGGGUUCAUGGAAUGCCCUCAUUCAGGGCAGCAGUCAAUAAAAUGAUGAAGAGGCCA